UGAUUAGUUUGGUUCUAAUCUGCAUUGUCUCUUCUUCUCUGCAGGGAGCCAACCAAUCCUGUCGUCCACUCCUCUGCAGGUCCUCUUCUACCUGAACAGUUGGUACUUUGCUGCCUUCUACCUGGCUGAGAUCCUGAUGUUCAUUUAUAAAGGGAUUUUACUCCCUUACCCGUCAGAUAAUCUGGUUCUGGAUGUGGCUCUGCUGCUGCUUUUCCUCGCUCUGGAGACUCUACGGAUCUUUUACGGUUGGAAGGGGAACCUGUGUGAGCGCUCUCUGGCUUCAUGUGCGUCGCUCUUCAUCCUCCUUCCCUGCACUGCGCUGGCUGUGUACUACCUGCUGCUGCAAACGUUCGUCCUGCGGCUGGAGUUCAUCCUCAGUGCCGUGCUGCUCUGUUUCUACGCCCUUGAGUUCCUGCUCGGACUUCUCUCCCUAUCCGCCUUCUCCAGGUCCAAAGUUUACUGAAGAAGAAUCAGCUGAAACACAGACGCAGCAGGAGAACCAGCAGAGGAUUGUUUACACUGUACAUACAACAUUUUCUAUUUUCUUAUUUUAAAAAUGUAAAUGUGUUUGUCUUUAAAUAUUUUGUACUGUUGUCUUUAUAGAAAUGGUUGAUUCAAAGAACCUUCCCACAGAUGUUUGUAUUUUUUAAACACAUUUUAAUAAUAGAUGGACCAAUGUGAAUAAGAACAAGGCUGAAAUAAAACUGAAGUUUUCUUAAUGGAUCAUCA